CGCGCGCACGACCUCCUUUGGUGACCUACGCCGUCGAUGUUUGUCCUCACCGCCGUCGGGGCUUCGUCCGCGCUCGACGGCCGUCGGCCUUUUUGAAGAUUCCGCGCAAAUUGCUCGGGCCCGGAGCUGUCAAUGGUCGACCUUCGCGGCGGGACACGUAUCGUUCACUGUCUCCUCCUCUCCCUUUCUCUCGUCACCUUUCGAUUCGUCGCCUUUGUUCUCCGAUAUCGAUGAGCGCGCCAUUUAAUUGUCCCGUGCUUCACACAUGUUCGCGCCUCGUGAUUAAAGUCCGGGGUAUUCUGUGCGGGAAAUUUGACAGUUCUCUGGCCGUAGAAGUGACGACGUUAUAAUGACCCGGUACUUUUUGGUGACAGUGAGGAUCAUGUAGAGAAGGAACGAAUCUUUGCGGUUGUCGGGUACUCGAAGAGACCAGAAGUGAAAGUGAUUAGAAUUCUCGUAGUGUCGCUUUAGUAGCUCUUUGGUUUGUCGAAUUUCAAAGUCUCCAGCAGAAGACUCUAAAUAUAUGAUCAUAUCAGAUGACCCGCUGAAACUCGAGGAUUCCUCAUGUGGCGAAGAAGAAUUGUCAUCAUUGGUUCACCGCCUAACUUGCAGCUUAUUAAAGCAGUUGAAAAACGGAUCGGCAUGGAGUAACUACUCGGGUCACAGCGACCCUUGGAAGGGAAAAGGGCAGCCCUUCUGCCGCCAAGACGCACGACCACAUCGAACUGUCGGCGUCCUGCAGCGACCCCUGCGUCAUUAUUAUUAUUAUUAUUAUAGCCGCAAGGCUGACGUUUUUCCUCUCGAACCUGUAAAUAAAAGGCCUCAAAGUGUACGGCGCCGUGGAGAAGACGUUUCACCCGUUCGAGCUGAGCAGCAGGCUUUCCCGCGUGUUCCCCGGAACACUGCCCGGUAUACAAGGUGA